AAAAUCAUCGCCUCUCUGGGGAGGGGGAGGGGAGGCGGAAGGAAGGCGAGGAGCAGGCGGCGCAGGGAGAAGGCACGGAGCGAGCAUGUGUGAUGCGGUGCGCACGCGCGGCCCUGGUGGCCAUCUUGAUUCCUGGCAGGCGCCAGGCCCUUGGAUCACAGGGCUCUUGCCUCACCUCCUGGGCCGCGCCUACCGGGGCCCGAGUCGGGGUGGGGAUGAGACAGGGGCGGGCAGGGGCGCUGCGCUAGGUGCGUAUCGGGUCUCCUCGCGCUCAGGAAGGGACGCGGGCAGACGCCGCGUGGCCGUGGGAGUUGGCCCCGAGACAGACUUCGCGGGGGACCGUGUGGAUGCGCGCGCCGCGGUCGCUGGGGCGGAGAGUGGGGGGCGGAGCUAACGUGGGAGAAGCGCGCGCGCGCGGACUCUCCUCGUUCCCCGGCCCAUCCCCCCAAGCUUGUCCGGGUCUGACUCCCGGGGACAAGGGGGAGAGGCUGGAGACGGGUCCCGCCGAGGUGCGUGACCUCUCCCGGGGCGGCUUCGUAAACUGGGGGUGGAGGCGUGGCUUUUUGUAAAGAACUCCUUCCUCCCUCUACGCUGGGAGAGCCCAGUCCCGGGGCCGAUGUGGAAGCCUUUGGAAAUGGGGGUCGGGGGUGGGGGGCAGCGCGCCCUUACGCUGCCAAGCUGGGGCUCUCCCCCUUCCCGCACUUGGGGGCCGGGGAUCCCUCUCGCAGACUCACCUCCCCCCGAGGGCGGGCCAGUAUCCAGCGGCCCGGGAUUCCCUGAGCUGUCAGUCACUGUAGGGCUUCCUCCCCCGCAGCGUGAGGGCCCUGGCCCGGGGCCAUGGAGUCCCUGGCGGUGACCGGCGCGGCGUCGGAGCCCGGGGAAGGGGAGGUGACGUCUGGCCUGGAGGCCCUGGCCGUGGAGGACCCCGCCGGGGCCCCUUCCCGCCCCGACCCCACUCCGGAGGCAGAGCAGCAGGAAAGGGAAAGGGCCCGAGAAGAAGUCCAGGUGGAGGUGGAAGCGGAGGAGCCCGCUCCGGAAGAGCCACAGGUGGAACCGGCGGGAACAUCCGAGGAGGAGGAGGAAGACGAGGAAGAUGAAGGGAAGAAGGACUGGUGCGUGCCCUGCAGCGACGAGGAGCUAGAGUUGCCCCGGGACGGAGAGCCCUGGAUGCCACCCCCCGCCGAGAUCCGGAAGCUCUACGAGCUGCUGGCCACCCACGGCACUCUGGAGCUGCAGGCGGAGAUCCUGCCCCGCAGACCGCCCACUCCCGAGGUCCAGAGCGAGGAGGAGAAAUCCGACGAAGAGCCUGAGGCGGAGGAGGAGGAGGAGGAAAAACCUCCUGUGCCCACAGAGUUUGACUUUGACGACGAGCCGAUGACGCCCAAGAACUCCCUGAUUGACAGAAGGCGGACCCCAGGGAGCUCGGCCCGGAGCCAGAAGCGCGAGGCCCGCCUCGAUAAGGUUCUCUCCGACAUGAAGCGCCACAAGAAGCUGGAGGAGCAGAUCCUCAGGACGGGCCGGGAUCUCUUCAGCCUGGACUCGGAAGACCCCUCGCCUUCGAGCACGCCCGUCCGGCCGACCGGAGGGGGGCUCUUCUUGCGGCAGAGGAAGUACUGACGGACCGGGGGCUCCCCUGCGAGGCGCCCCUGCGAGGCCCCGGGACGCGAGCGCGCUCGGCACGAGGCCGGCCGGCUGGGGAGAGCGGCGCGCUGGGGCCGGGCGCCUUUCGGUGGGUGUGUCUUUGUAAGCGCGCAGUUAGGCGCCAGGCUUUUUAUACCGAUAGUUAGUACCUAAAUAAAGCCCGUGCAGCUUG